ACAGGAGUCAUGUGACAGAGGAAGUGUGCGACUCUUCGUGUUCACUUUUGUGCAGAUCCUCGUUUCGAUUCAACCUAUCACCACAUUGUGUCUUUUUCAGUGGCUGUGUUGAAAUUCUUCUUUUUAAAACACAUGCAGGAACUAAAAAGAGGAAGAGUGGCAAGGGGAAGAAAGUGAACGGAGGCGUGAUGGACUCUACAGAUGAGAGCUGCAGUCAGGCCACGCCAGCAAAUGAUGCUUAUCCGGUGCGAUGCACUGAGGAAGCACUUCUUCCUUUCUUCACAGAUGAGAGUCUGCAGGCCACCAUGGAUGCCCCUCGCUCACCUGCCUCCCCAAGUGUCCCAUCAUCUCUCCCAGAACUUAGACUGGUCCUGCUGGGUCGGAAGGGAGCUGGCAAAAGUGCUGCAGGCAAUACAAUCCUAGGAGGUGUAGGAGGAUUUGAGAGCGGGAGGCCUACGGAGGAGUGUGUGAAAAGGCGGGGUGAUGUCGGGGGGAGAAAAGUUACGGUGGUGGACACACCUGGAUGGGAGUGGUACUACUCUCUGAAUCGCACACCCAACUGGGUGAAAAGAGAAACACUGCGUAGCAUGUCGCUCUGUCCUCCUGGACCUCAUGCUGUGCUGCUAGUUGUUCGGUCCUGUGCUUCCAUCCCAGAUGACUACAUCAGGGAGAUAGAGGAGCACCUGGAGCCUCUAGGAGAAGGGGUGUGGGACCAUACUCUGGUGCUGUUCACCAGAGGAGAUGAACUAGGUCUGGGAACCAUGGAGCAGCGAAUUCUUUCCAGUGGCUCAGGACUACAAAAACUCCUCCAGAAGUGUGGCGGCAGAUACCAUGUUGUGAAUAACCGCAACAAAGGAGAUGGGACACAAGUGAAAGAGUUGAUAAGGAAGCUGGAGAUGAUGGUCAUUGGAAUGAAGGAUGGACAGAAUUACUUAGGACUCCAUAAUAAUCUUUUGCUGGGCCUGGAGGCAGAUGGAAGGAGGAGAGCCAGAGAGAGGAGGAAGAAGCAGAGGCAGAUGGAGGCGCAGAUGCAGAGGGGGACAAUCAAAGCUGCUUUAAUGAAUGAUGGUCCUCAAGGUUCUGAACUUGAUGCCCACCAGUCUUUCUCCAAAGCUCUUCGUCGCCUCCCAGAAAUCCGAUUGGUUCUCCUGGGGGAACGGGAAACAGGAAAGAGUACCGCUGGGAACACCAUCCUCGGAAAACUGGGCCUCUUUCAAGCAGCAACAGCAACAGAGGAGUGUGUUCGUCAGCAGGCAGAGGUGGCCAUGCGCCUGGUGACUUUGGUGGACACACCAGGUUGGGAAGCUGGGGUUGCUGGUGCCACACAGGAGAGGAUCAAGAGAGAGAUUGUGUGCAGUGUGGCUUUGUGCCCUCCUGGUCCUCAUGCGCUGCUACUGACUCUGAGAGUGGACACCCUGGUGACAACAGGACACAUUAGGGAGCACCUGGAGCUUCUGGGAGAGGGUGUUUGGAGGCACACAAUCCUGCUGUUCACCCACAGCGAUCAGUUGCGACACGGGGUGGAUAUCGAGCAACACAUCCAGGGUGGGGGCCGGGAUCUUCAGUGGCUGCUGGAGAAGUGCAGGGGCAGGUAUCAUGUCCUCAGUGGUGGAGAAGGAGGAGGAAGAGGAGGCUCUGCCAACGUGCAUGGGCUCCUGGAGAAAGUGGAGAAGAUGGCCACCAAGAACAGAUGUGAGGCAUUCUCUGGUUUGGUUCAGGAAGUGAGGGAUUUAAGCCAACGGAGGAAUGAAAAGUUCAACCAGCGCCUCAAGGAGAUGACAGAAAAGAUGCUUCGCCAGGAGGCAGAGUUGAAGAAAAUGAGAGAAAGGGAGGUGAAGAGCAUGCGGUGGUUUUUCGACCGAAAGAAAAAAGUCAAGUCCCCAGGUAAGGCGGACAUUCAGCGAGAGGAAGAAGAAGAAGAUGACGACAAGAGGGUAUGUGGAACGAAGAAUGACAUCUGCGAACUCGAGGAGAGGAUGAGAUGGCUGACAGAAGACAGAGAAAGAGAAAUUCAGGAUCUGAGCCUGGAAAAUGAGAGAACCCACAUCGCUCUAAAUCAGAGUCAACAGGAAAAACACAGGAUGACGCUGAACCUGGAGCUGAAAGAUAGAGAGAUUGAGGAGUUAAAAGAGAGGACGGAGGAGCAGCAGCUCAAGCUCCUGGAUCUUGAACGUACCUGUGUGAAACAGGAACAUCUGAGAAAACAAAAGGAGGAAGAAAGGAGAAAACAAACGGAAAAGCUGACAGAAAUUGUGGAGCUGCUCAAAAAAGAGAAAACAGAUUUGACCAAAAAGCUGGAAUCCUUGGAAACAAAGUUGGAGCAGAAUAAGAUACUCAAUGAUGAACGUCUUGAGAGAAAAGAGCAAGAAAAAAACAGAGAAAUGGCUGAAAGGGAGGAAAAACUGAAACAAGAGAUGAAUGCAAAAUUACUUCAAAAGGAUGAGGAGCAAGAAGGACUGAAAAAGAAAGCCUCAGAUGAAAAGCAAAAAAUUCUAGAAGAUAUGAAACUACAGGAAAAGAGAAAACUUGAGAAGAUGAAACUGCAGUAUGACAAAGAGAUGGAUGACAGAGACACCCAAAUGACAGCUAUGAAGCAGCAACAUCAAGAGGAGAUGGUCAGAAGUAUGACUCGAAUUGAAAAACUUAUGGAGGCACAGAAAGCUGAGCAGCAGGAAAAUAAAGACAAAUUAAAAGAAAAAGCAGCUGAAAUGGAAAAAAUGAAACUGGAACUGGAACAAAGAUUUAAGAUCCUCCAACAAGAACAGCAGAGGGAGAUGGCAGAGCUGAAGGAACAGUUUCAAAAGGAAAACUCUGAACAUGUGGAGGCAAAAGCAAGAGAAGUGGCUGCAUUGGAACAGAAGCAUCUUCUACAUAUUGAAGCAAAACAGCUGGAGAACGACAAAGAGAAGGAGAUGAUUCAUCUCAACUACAAAAAUGACAAAGAAGAGGUUAUCCUAAUGAAAAACAGAGAGAUAGAAGCUUUAAAAUUGAAGCAACAAGAAGAAAUAAAAGCAAAAAAUGAAAUGCUUAAGGCAAGAGAAGCUGAACGCCAGGAGGAAGUGGUUAAAUCGAUAAAACAGAGAGAUGAGGAUGUUGCAAGGGUCAAAGAGCUGUGUGCCGAAAAAUUAAGAGGCUUGGAGCAAGACAGGCAAAGAGAUACAGAAGACCUGAAACAACAGCUCGCAAAACAAACAAGUGAACAUCUGCAGGAAAGACAAAGACUGAUAAGUGACUUGCAACAAAAGCAUGCAGAAGAAAUGGAAGAGAUAAAGCUGGAAAGGACACAUUUGCUGCACAAACUGAAGCAGAGCGAAAUGCUGACACAGGAAUUGAGAGGUCAACUUCAAACAGAAAUGGAGAAGAGGGUCAAAGAGAGUAUGGCAUACAAGACGGAAAUGGAGCAAAAGACGGAGGAUAAAGACAGAGAGAUUGCAGCAAUGAAAGAAUGUAUCAAAGACAUGAGAGUCAAAAUGCUGCAAAGGGAAGAAAGAGAGAAAGAUCUUCAGAACAAUACUCAAGCAGUCGAUCGAGAGCUAAAAGACAAAGAAAAAAUCAUCGAGGAGAUGAAGCAAGAGCUGCGAGAAAAGAUGGAGAAAGAAUGUGCUCUUUUGGAUCACAGGAGAUGCAUGGAAAACAAUCUAGAGGAAAAGAAAAGAGAGGUGGAAGAAAUGAAGGAGCUACUUAAAGAGCUGGAGGAAAAGCUGCAGAAGAUAAAAGAAGAAAAUGACAGAAAUGACUCCAACCGAAAGAAGCAAAUGCAGCAAAUUCUGGAAGAAAACAGCAGAGAGACCGAAAAGUUAAAGCAGCACAUAAAGGCCACUAAUGAGAUCCUGCAAAGAAAAGAGGAGGAGAUUAAACUAAACCAGAAGAAAGAGGCAGAUGAACGACAAACUGAAGAAGUAAAACAGCAGCUAAUAAACAGCAUGGAGAAAAAACUAAAAGAGAAAGAUCAAGAGAUUGAAAGUCUCAAGCAGAAGGCUGCUUUACAGGAGAGCAGAUGUUGGGAAGAGUUGAAGAAGAAAGAUGAGAAGGAAGCAAAUGAGAUCAACAAGCUGAUCUCAGUCAUUGACAAAAAGACAAAAGAAGUUAAUCAAGCUCAAAGUCUUCUUGCACAGGCAAAUAGUGAGAUUGACGAGUUGAAAAACCUGUGUGAAAACCACUCUGACAAAAUAAAAGAGCUGAGGGAGAGCAACGAAAAAACUACUGCCCAAAUUAUUGAGUUGCAGCAAAAUCAUGCAGAGUGGGAAAAGAUAAAAGAUGCGGAAAUAGUUGAAAAACUGAAGGAAAAAGACAGAGCACUUGAAAACUUGAGGCAAAAAGACAAACAGAACGAAAACGAGAUAAGUCAUCUGAGGCUGUUAAUCGAGCAAACAAAAACAGAGCUGAAGGAGCUCACCAACAAAAUGGACAAAGAGAUGACCAGCAUGAUAGAGGAGUAUGAAAAGGAGAUUGCCAGAAAAAAUGAUGAAAAACAUGCCCUCCAGAGAGAGAAGGAUACAAAGAUAUUUCAUUUGGAGGAGGAAAACCGGAAAAAUGUUCAGGUCGCUAAUGAGAAAUAUGAAGAAAGCCAAAAGAUCGUAAAAGAACUGCUGGAACAAAAUGAGAAAAUGAAAAAAGAAGCAGACAACUUUAGAAUGAAGUGUGAGAAGCUGAAGAAGCAGAGUGAAGAUGAGGUUCAGGCACAGCUGAGGGAAAGUGAGGAAAAACUGCAAAAAAUGGAAGAUAUUGUUCAAAGAAAGGAGUCUGAGAUUUGGACAGCAAAGGAAACCAUUGAAAAGCUACAAGCAGAGUUAGAAAGAAUGAAAGAUGAAAAAGAGACAGAUAUGAAUGAGCUGAGAAGGCACUUUGACGGUGAGGAUCAGAAGAGAGGCACAUCUGAUGAGAUCAACAAAGAAUUAAUGAGACGAGAGCAAGCAGUUGAAGACAGGAAUCAAGAUCUGAGUAGGUAUGAAGAAGAACUUAAAAAAAGCAAAAAGGAUCUACAUGGAAAAGAGGAAAAACUUGUUCAGAUGCAAAUGCAGUUGAAAGCUCAAAAGCAAACGCUUCAAGAGCUCCAGGUUUCCCUGGAGAUGCGAGAAAAAGAGCAAGAGGAAAAAGAUAAAUACGAGCAAGACGUGAACCUACGAGCGCAAAAUGUGGAAAAAAUGGAAAAAAAGCUGGAGAGCUUACUUAAUGGUUUAGAGAGUAAACAGAGAGAACUCAACUCUCACGGGCAAGAUCUUCAGAAGAAAGUCAAAGAACUGAAAAACCAAGAGAAGGAGUUAAAAGAUCGGGAGUGCCUCCUGAAAAAUGAAGAGCAAGAGCUGCUCAGCUGGAAGUCGGAACUGCAGGUCCAGAACAAGCAUGUGAGCUGCACGAUGCAGGAGCUGGGAGGGAUGCACAGAGACCUGGCUUUGCUGAAGGAGGAACUUCAUGUCAAAGAGACAAACUUGAAGGAGUCACUCAAAAAAAUGAGCGUUUGGGAGAAGAAUCUCAGGGAACGGGAGGAAGAGUUGGACGGCAGAGGAAGAUGCAGCAUGGAUGAUGAUUUGGAUUCUGUUUAUCUGCCAGCUGCAGAGAACUCACAAGGUCACCUCACUCUGAUGUACCAAGAGGUCAGUGGGACAGAAGGAAAAGGAGAGGAUGGAGAAGGUAUCACAGAUGAAAGAAUGAAACAAGAAUCGCCAGCUGUAGAGAGCAACAGCUGUCACGUUGAAACACUGCAGGAAGCGGAGAAGUCUGAAAAAAGUAGAGGAAGAUUUAAUUUGAUUCCUGGGAGUUCCAAAGACAACACAAACCACUUAGAGCUGGAGUUAAGGGUGAUGCUUUUGGGGGAGACCUGGUCUAACAGAUCCUUUACAGGACUCAAUAUGCUAGGAGGAGAAGCAUCCAACGUAGAUGGUUCCUCACUCAGGCCUUGGAGAGGUCAAAUAGCUGGGAGACGCCUGGUCAUUGCAGAACCACACGGUCUAAGGUGGCGAGACGGACCCGAAAUGAUUAGCUCAUCUCAGAGCAAGAUCGUUCUGGACUGCUUCUCACGCUGCCACCCAGAUGUAAUCUUCCUCCUCGUGCCUGCCUUCCUCACCUGCACACAGAAGUACAGAAGAGCUGUGGAGGAGCACAUGAGCAUGCUCGGGGAGCACAUGUGGCCUAGGACUCUGGUUCUUUUCACAUGGGGGGAACUUCUAGGGGAAAGUGCAGAGCAGCACAUCCUGAGGAACGGGGAUCUGGCGGGGCUGGUGGAGAAGUGUGAGGGGCGGUAUCAUGUACUGACCAGCAGGAGAGACAACUGCAGGAUUGAAGCAUUAUUUGAGAAAGUUGACCAUUUAGUAGCUCUAAAUAGUAAAAGGUCGUUUUUUUGAAGCUACAAUGACUAUAGUAGAAUUUAACAAAAAACAAUCAUGUCUUUCUUUGUGUGUGUGUGAAAAAAUCUGAACAAUAAAAUUACAUUCAAGUGGA